AUGGACAAAUUCGUAACAGCCAAGAAACCAGCAACCGCACCCGCCGCCACCGGGAAGGAAGAGAGCCUGCCUCAACGCCAGAAGUUCAAAUACAGUCCGUACGGUGUGCGCAAGGCCGACGAGCGCAGAUUCGAAACCUGGAAAGAUAGGAAACGCACAGAGAAGAUUCUUGCGCCCAUACGAAAGAAAAGGAAAAAGAAAAGGAGACCCGGGUUGCGUCGUCUCGGCGCUCACGAAACAUAUCCUACAUACCCUCGGGGACAGUCAAACCCCAUCACGCAUUCCGACAUCUACAAUCGCACAGAUCAUAUCGUGUCCGCCGCUACUGGGCAUCAGCAAGGGGAUGGCAGAGGACCUGGAGCACGCUACAUGAAGGCGCGGGACAGAAAACUCGCCGAACAGCUGCCCGAGACAUCUUCACAGGUGCUGAGAGGCGUCCGAGUCUACAUCAACGGGUACCUGGAAAAUACAACGGACAUUGAGAUGAAGCGCAUCGUCGCGCUUGCCGGUGGCGAAGUACAGCGGACAGCAUCCGGGGCGACACACGUCCUGACGUCCCAACAGCUGAGUGGGACGAAAACUCACAAGCACUUGACGAGCAAGUCGAAAGCCGUUGUGCACGUUGUGCGGCCGGAAUGGGUUUCGGACAGCAUCGCUGCGGGACGCCGGGUACCGGAAAGGGAGUAUGCAGUCGUGAAGAGCGCGGCGGUGGCGGGAAUCGCGGAUAUGUUUCGUUCUGCAGCUCCAAACAAGGACGGAGGCUCAGACUGA